AUUAGCUUUCAAGUCCUGUCAGCCAUAUUAGAAUUUUAAAGCCUUCGAAAUAGAAACUUUAAGAAAAUGGCAAGCGCUCAGCUCGAAAUCGAACUCGAAGAGCAUGAUCAUGAUACGAAUAUGCAAAACAAUACUACAGAAAGUCAAAAAGCUGUUAAUAUAGAAGUAGUCGAUGAGCUCUCUGAUGUUGAAUCAGAUUUUGCGUUGAAGGCUCAUGGAGGAAAAAGUAAGUCACAAAUUGUUUGUCUCAAUUAUAUUUCUAGAAUGUUUUUAGUUUGGAGUCAAACUGCGACCAGAUUGAUGUUGGAAGAAUAUAGAAAACGAGAAGAGCAAUUCAAAAAUCCAAAUUACACAAAAAAGCAGCUCUGGGUACAUGUUGCAAAAAAGUUACGUGAAUCACAGCCUAAUUGGAAUGUAACGGGGCCUGAAUGCGAUAAAAAAUUUAGGAAUAUGAAACAAACCUAUAAGAAUAUUCUAGACAAUAACAUGUAUAACAGUAAGCCAAUAUCUUGGCCCUACUACUCUGUUAUGGACGAACUUCUUAAAAAUGAUGAAUCGAUUCAUAAUCCAGCUAUAAAUGAUUUCGGCUGCGUUAAAUAUGAAAAACCAACAGCUCACAAAUUUAGCGUUCAAAUUCUCAAUGAAGAAUCAGACGACGAAGAUUCGCAAACUAGUGUAACGAAGAAGAGAAAGACCGAGUCCCCUUCGACCACUAAUGCUCCAGAAUGGUGGAAGCAAUAUUCUGAACAAGACCGCCUUUUCAAAAGCUCUAUUCAAAAGUCAAUUAAUGAGUUGAGAGGCAUUUUUAAGCAGAAUUUAUUAGAACAACAAAGAAAAAAUGAUUUGAUCUCAAAAUUACUAGAUAUUAUGAAAUGAAUAUAUAAAUAUUAUAUAUAUAAAAU